CCGCCGAUCUGAAGCACCUGCCUCUACAGAUGGCGAUGUCCCCAGCCGCUCCCCUCUCGGUCACUGAGCUGCUCCUGGUCUCUGCCGUCUUCUGCCUGGUGUUCUGGGCGGUCAGGGCCUCGAGGCCUAAGGUCCCCAAAGGCCUGAAGCGUCUGCCGGGGCCCUGGGGCUGGCCCCUGCUCGGGCACCUGCUGACGCUGGGCAAGAACCCGCACGUGGCGCUGGCGCGGCUGAGCCGGCGCUACGGGGACGUGUUCCAGAUCCGCCUGGGCUCCACGCCCGUGGUGGUGCUCAGCGGCCUGGACACCAUCAAGCAGGCCUUGGUGCGGCAAGGCGACGACUUCAAGGGCCGGCCUGACCUCUACAGCUCCUCCUUCAUCACCGAGGGCCAGAGCAUGACCUUCAGCCCAGACUCGGGGCCCGUGUGGGCCGCCCGCCGGCGCCUGGCCCAGGACUCCCUGAAGAGCUUCUCCAUCGCCUCCAACCCCGCCUCCUCCAGCUCCUGCUACCUGGAGGAGCACGUGAGCCAGGAGGCCGAGAACCUCAUCAGCAGGUUCCAGGAGCUGAUGGCGGCUGUGGGGCGCUUCGACCCCUACAGCCAGCUGGUGGUGUCGGCGGCCAGGGUCAUCGGGGCCAUGUGCUUUGGGCGGCACUUCCCGCAGGGCAGUGAGGAGAUGCUGGACGUCGUGAGGAACAGCAGCAAGUUCGUGGAGACCGCCUCUUCCAGCAGCCCCGUGGACUUCUUCCCCAUCCUGCGCUACCUGCCCAACCGCCCCCUGCAGAGGUUCAAGGACUUCAACCAGAGGUUCCUGCGGUUCCUGCAGAAAACCGUCCGGGAGCACUAUGAGGACUUCGACAGGAACAGCAUCCAGGACAUCACGGGCGCCCUCUUCAAGCACAGCGAAAAGAACUCCAAGGCCAACGGCGGCCUCAUCCCCCAGGAGAAGAUCGUCAACCUCGUCAACGACAUCUUUGGAGCUGGGUUUGACACCAUCACCACAGCACUCUCAUGGAGCCUCAUGUACCUGGUGACCAACCCCAGGAGACAGAGAAAGAUCCAGGAGGAGCUGGACGCUGUGGUUGGCAGGGCGCGGCAGCCCCGCCUCUCCGACAGACCCCAGCUGCCCUACCUGGAGGCCUUCAUCCUGGAGCUCUUCCGACACACCUCUUUCGUCCCCUUCACCAUCCCCCACAGCACCACCAGGGACACCACACUGAACGGCUUCCACAUUCCCAAGGAAUGCUGCAUUUUCAUAAACCAGUGGCAAAUCAACCACGACCCGCAGCUGUGGGGGGACCCGGAGGAGUUCCGGCCCGAGCGAUUCCUCACGGCGGACGGCGCGGCCAUCAACAAGCCCCUGAGUGAGAAGGUCACGCUCUUCGGCCUCGGCAAGCGCAGGUGCAUCGGGGAGACCCUGGCCAGGUGGGAAGUCUUCCUCUUCCUGGCCAUCCUGCUCCAGCGGCUGGAGUUCAGCGUGCCACCCGGCGUGCCCGUGGACCUGACCCCCAUCUACGGGCUGACCAUGAAGCACCCGCGCUGUGAGCAUGUCCAGGCUCGCCCACGCUUCUCCGACCAGUGAGGGCGGCCGGGGGCGGGGCUGCGGCGGUCGCUCUGGGGGCUCGGCCGCCCUCUCCUGCUCUUCUUCACAGUAACUUCCUCCGCAAUGCCCCGCCCCGUCCCCAGAACCCCACCCUCCCCUGCCGCCCAGCCCUGGGCAGCGGCGGCUCUACUUUCUGCCUGCAGCUUCCUUGCCCUGCGCCCACCCUGUCAAUGGUCUUGUGGCUGGCUACUUUCCCAGAGCGCAAAGCUCCCCAGGCCCGGG